AUGCCUGCCUCACGCCCCAAUAGACAGGGCAGGCCCAAGCCCUCUGAGCCUGAUACAAGAAAACAUGCAAUGCGCGCCGGCACUAAACAUGGGAAGAUCUCCAACGAAAAUGCACGAGAGUCAGAGAAGGAGACGUGGACCGAGACCAAUAAGCACCUGCUGAACCAAGUGUCUGGUGUCAGCGAUGAAAGUCCGAUUGGUGAACGCUGGGCUGAAGGGUAUUCAUGUCCGCCCUAUAUGUCGGCUGAUUCGGAGGCCUUCCUAAGCCCCGAAGAGAUCACCGCCAUGCCUCGUCCCACCUUCUACAGACAAGUAUGGAGCAGGCCCAACUCUCUCGUGCGGCCAAUGGAGCCCUUGACACCUGACGACAGCCCCGAGAAUGAGGAAUGUCCCCGGAGGUCCGAAGGAAUAUCUGCCAAGGACGACAAGAAGGAUCCUGAACAACUCCGCCGGUCUUCCAGACAAUCUACCACCGGCAAUACCAGCUUAAGUUCCGACCUUGUGAGCUCCGCCAUACCCAACUCACAGGGACACAUCAAGAAGUAUUCACGACACCAGAGACGUUCGGUUCCAUACUCUCGACCUAGCCGUACCCCCAGACCGAGCCGUAUCCAUUCUCUGAAUGCGUGGCUCAGUCGGAUGCAGGCUUGCUUGAGUGAGGUAGACAUUAAGGCUAUCGACCAGCAAACGGACCGUGUUGGGCUUCGGGAUUACAACCUUAGCCAUGUCAUUGUCAGCCACCGAACGCAUCCGGUCGAAGAGACCAACUUUAUCAUGCUCGUUUGGAAAGAUGUUGCGGGCCCAACUGCCGUCGAUUGGCCGACGUUGCAAGUUACCCUUAAAGAUCGGAUGAGCAAUGCAUACACCACGCAAAAUACCCGCGGAAGCCGGAGGGCAGUUUACGGUGCACUCGUGGUGGGCCAGCUGGCCCAGUUCUAUGUCUUUGUGGGAGAGGGUCCUGCUCAACUGAGCCUCUCGCUCUUUGAAGAGGGCAGGGAGACCCUAAACAUCGAGCAUGAUGGGGACUUGGUCGAUGGUCAUCUGUCAUCGAUUGACAAUGAAUUCUCAGACGAAGUCUUUGAUGACAUUGCCAACGAUCCGAGCUUGCCGAUAGCGGCGGCUCGUUGUAUUGAUGAUGUCUUCUUGCCUGAGACCUUGUCUUCGGGUGCGUUCGAUCUGUUGCCGCAGCCCGAGAUCGUGUCGGAAAGGCUAUUCUCGGAUGCCUCCGAUGCAGGCUCCGGAGGUUCUUUCGAAGCCUUCCUAAGGGAGGUCACAAGGCAAUAUGAGGAGAGCGAACAUAACGACGAAGCAGACCAGGACGAACGUGAACCCCAAGAAGAUAAACAAGUCGACGAACAUAAAGGACGUGAAGAAACCGCACGGAAUCACGAAACCGUAUGCCAAGAUGUGACCGACGCCAUCGACGAUGGCUGGCUCGUCAGGAAAGCGCUCAAAUACAUCGGAGAAGGAGUGCUAGACAAAGCAAUCAAGGCCGUAUGUCUACCGGGCGAACAGACGGACACAGAUACCGAUGAUGAGGAGGGCAAGUUUAUCAUAUCCAGUGCCUGCUGA